AUGACUGUCAUGUCAUUUCUAAACGAGCAACAAUUAAAUAAAGAAGAUAACAAAAAUUUUCAGACCAAAAUAACUAAAACGUAUGUUUUCUAAAUUGACUGUCAUUCUUGUCACCUGUUUUUUCAUGGCUAAUUUGUUUUUGAUCUGAUUAUUGUAAAAUAAUUAUGUCGAUGACUAGAUCAUUCUCAUCGGAUUAACUAUUCGACCUCAUCUGCUCGACUAAAUCCGAUAAUUGUUACAGGCAUUAUCUUCCGGACCUUGGAUUGAUUUAUUUUCCAUCUUUAUUGAAACCUGAUGCUGCAACAAAAAAAGUGGUUCCUUGUGUAUAUUUUUCUUCUGGUGAAAUGUUCAAUAGCUUUUGCGGCUCAUUUACCUAUUCAAGCAGUUUCUGCCACCGGGAGGCUUUUUUGUGGGCAGCAUCCGGCUGUAGGCGUUCCGGUGAAGCUAAUCGAUCGAGAUCAUGGUAAGUUUUGCAAACACACAUAAUACAAGCCUUUGAGAGCGCAUAGUAAUCAAGUAUUACUGUUUUGGUUAAGUAUCUUUCCUUCUAUUUUUUAUUGUAUUUGUUUGAGGUGACGAUCGGGAUGACCUUCUGGAUGAACGAAAAACAGACGAGGAAGGGAAGUUCCAUGUAACGGGGGGAACAUACGAAAGAGUAACAAUUGAACCUGCACUCAAGAUUUAUCAUGAUUGCAAUGAUGGCGAAAUUGUAUUUUAUUUUUGUUAUUACAUUUAUCAAAUUGAUAUUUCAGAAAUGUCAAAAACGAUUGUUUUGGGACAUUCCCGCUAAAUAUGUCAGCACUGACUUGUAUGAAAUACCUGUGUUCAAUCUUGGAUCAAUUAAUUUGGAAUUAGGAUUUGGAAACGAAAAACGAGAUUGUAAACAUUAAUUUAUGUGAUGUUUGUCACAUGUAAAUAAUUAUAAGAUUUCUAUUCCUAAUACUACAGUUUCACUUGUUUUCAUGUACAGAGCGAUUAACUCAUAUUGUUCAUCCACUUGAAAAAUUAACAAUAAGCAAAUUCUUUGUAUGCUCUUUGAGUAGCUCUUGUGAAGCCGCAGUUUGACAAACAAUAGCUAAGAUACACCGGUCAUCGAUGUUCAACUAUCCUUUGCUCACUUGUAAAUCUCUUAAAAAAACAACAGAAAAUCACGGACAGCAAACUCACAUGUUUUGUUUAUUCCAGUGAGAAAGAAAACAAGAGACAAAACAUUUUCAGUUUUCAAUUGUCUGUCACAGUAGGAAUACGUAAGUAACUUGAAAUUUUGUUUGAUCAGGUGUGUUUUUGUAUUUAACCACAUUUUUGUGCGGAUAAUCUUAUGAAACGAGCCGUGCGUUUUUAUUAAUAUUAACUGAUUGCAGACACUUGACAUGCUUUUUCUGAAUCAUGCACUCGGCGACUAGCUUUGACCAUGUUUGACCAUGAAUCAUCACGAACAAUCAAAACUAUUCCAAUGAUUCCGUUCGGAUUUUUUCGUUUUUGCUAUUAUUUGAACGGGAAGUUAUUCUAAGGUGUGGUGUGAUGUUUCUUCAUGACCAAUCUGUCAUUUUCUUAUCGGCUAAUGACCAACACUGUCCUUCGUUGCUCAGUGUCUUCUUCUGUUUGCCUUUCGCCGUGAAAUCUAAUUGAGAAGUGUGUGUUGAUACGGUUUUGCUCUUUUCGGUAUGACUGAUGCUUUUCUUAUCAUGCAUUCAUUUUUUCAUGACUACUUUAGCCGAAAAACAAUUAAGUUACCUAAACUAAAAAUUAUAUUUUUCGAACUAUACGAACUGUAAGUCUAUUUUUGAACAAAAAUUGAAAUUUCCGUUUCAAUCAACAAUGUGAAAUAUCUGCGAUUAUUCAAUAUGCAAGUCUGAACUUUUGGUUUCAAUCUCUUUGACAAAGCAAGAUUCAUGAAAAUAAAUUCGACAGACACAUGAUAUAUUCAGAAUAACUCCUGUAGCAAUACUUGGUUCUGAUGCUCAUCAAAGCACCUGAAAUCAGAUACCUGGUCAAAAACUCUAAUUGUAGCAUUUUAUCCCCAUUUGCUUCUUUUUAAAUUGAAUCAAGUGCCUGUUUUCUUUCUUUAUGUGCAGAGCUCGGACAAGAUAUGAUGUAUUUGCGAUUAUUGAGCAUAAGAGAAACAAGCCAAGUUGAAAAGAGUGCUUGCUGUUUGACCAGUCCCAUUUUCUGAGUGGGCUCGAAGGUCAAUUAGGGACGGGCAUGAAGUGUCAGAUAAACAAUGUUAACAUUUUUGUUCUCUUCUCUUAUUCGUUCAAACUUAUUCGAAUUCUUGUACUUACCUAUUCAUUAAUUAUUGUUUUAGGUAUGUCACGCUGGGAAAGUUUUCCUAUAAGUGAACAAGAACAAGCAUACUUAGCUUCGACAACUACGACAACAGCGUGAGUAACUACUAAAAAAAUAUUAAUGAACUAAUCACUAAAAUCUUUGUAGGGCAAACGUUGCAUCUCUUUCCCAAAAUACGAUAAAUUCGAUUCGACACAGUCUGGGCGGAUUCAUUCGUCAAGAAAUUUCUGAAACUGGUCAAACUAUUUGUUUCUAUCGUUACAACACUGCGGAUACUGCUAUUCCAUAUUUGUGCGAACUCGGCUGCUGUAGUCAUGGAUGUUGCACCAUUUCCGAUAUUGCAGCGUACUGUUUUUGAGAUGAACCUCGUGGAAUUGUAAUUUUCAGCCGCAGCACUUCAUUUGGAUGGGCUAUAGCUCUUCUGGUUAUGGUUCUCAUCACUAUUGUUUUUGCGGUUUUGGCGUUGCUAACUGUUUGGCUCAUGAACCGUCACAAAGACAAGAUUCAUAAACAACAACUUGCUGAGAGCACUAUUGAAAGCCCUUCAGUCAGUCAGGUAUAUUUCACAAGACUUUUUCAACUAGGACCGAGCUGACGCUCGAAGGCGGGGUCUCUGCUUGUUUGUUUCUCAGAACUGUUCGAAAGUUCACCUGUUCAUUUCUCUUAUUUCUCCGUCACAACUAUUUUCGUUUUACAAAUGACACUGGGGACGGACAAACAGAGAAAUAAACAAACAAAAAAACAAACAGAGGGAGAAUCCCCUCAAGAUUUUUAUUAAUAGGAGUGAUGAUGAGCUUUUCUGUUCCAGUUAUCAAAUUUUUUCAGAUAAGCGGUCCAACUUCAUUCUACCCUGACGUUCAAUACAAUUAUCAUUUGGGUGGAACUUUCAAGUCAUAUUAA